AUGGCUGCUUCGAACCUCGACACCACAGCAGGGCGGCGAGCAACGCCUUACUGCCACUUUUUCCAGGCUGGCCGCUGUAAUAAAGGCAGCUCAUGCUCUUUUUUACAUGACACUGGUGUGCUGAAGAGUUCCAAGUUCACGCCCCAAACGGCCAAAGCUGGAAAACCAAGCAACCCAGCUGCCGAAUAUGGCGGAACGCAGCGGACCUGCAAGUUUUUCCAAACUGGUCAUUGCAAGUUCGGGGAAACAUGCGUGUUCUUGCAUAAUAAGGUGGGAAAACCUCCGCAAAGCCCAACAGAUGAGCCAUCCGAGCAGCAAGGCAGGACGGACGACUUUACAAUAACGAUUGGCGGUGCAUUCGUGCAGUUUGAGGCAGGUGCUCGAGUGUCGAAGAUCCGCCUGCAGAGCGACUUCUCCGCUGCUCGCAUCGAAGGGUUACCCCGAAAUACCUCAAAAUAA